AUCUACAACAUGAAGGAUUCCAGAAGAAAAUAAUAAAAAAGGAGGAAGAUGAUGAUGAUGAUUUCUUCUGUGGGAUCAGUUCUGGAGAAGUCGUCUGCGAUGCUCCCGAGAACAAGAAUGCUGAAGGAGAACCUGCUGAGGAAGAACCUGCUGAAGGAGAUCCCGGUGAAGGAGAAACCACUAAAGAAGAAACCACUAAAGGAGAAACCGGUGAAGGAGAACUCGGUGAAGGAGAACCUAGUGAAGGAAAAACCACUAAAGGAGAAACCGGUGAAGGAGAACCCGCUGAAGAAGAACCUGGUGAAGGAGAAACCGCUAAAGAAGAAACCACUAAAGGAGAAACCGGUGAAGGAGAACCCGGUGAAGGAGAACCCGGUGAAGGAAAAACCACUAAAGGAGAAACCGCUAAAGGAGAACCUGCUGAAGGAGAACCCGGUGAAGGAAAGACCGCUAAGGAAGAAACCACUAAAGGAGAAACCGGUGAAAGAGAACCCGCUAAAGGAGAACCUGCUGAAGGAGAAACCACCGAUGGAGGACGUCAAGAGGAGGUGACGACCGACACGAACCCGAACAGCUUUGAGAGCCAAUACACUGUUGGAGAGCUGCUGGGAAAGGGAGGCUGCGGUUCGGUCUACGAAGGCA